AUGGCUAUGUUACUCAACUCUGUGCGACGUUCCCCUCUCAACCCGUCUAAAGCAGUGCACUACGCUGCUCGCACUCUGAGCACAACAUCUCAGAUCUAUGCACAAGCCCAAGUCAAAAGUAAAAAGACAUUGGCUCGGCCGGGGGUGAAAAACAUAGUGCUGGUGGAAGGAGUGCGCACCCCGUUCCUCUUGUCUGGAACAGCAUACGCAGACCUUAUGCCUCAUGACCUGGCCAGGGCAGCACUACAGGGGCUUUUGCACAAGACCAGUUUACCAAAGGAUGCUGUGGACUAUAUCAUCUAUGGAACAGUCAUCCAGGAAGUAAAAACCAGCAAUGUAGCCAGAGAGGCGGCACUCGGAGCUGGAUUCUCCGACAAGAUCCCGGCUCACACCGUCACCAUGGCCUGCAUCUCCUCCAACCAAGCCAUGACGACAAGUGCCGGCAUGAUCGCCGCCGGUCAGUGUGACGCGGUGGUAGCAGGAGGCGUGGAGUUCAUGUCUGACGUUCCCAUCCGUCACAGCAGAAAGAUGAGGAAGACCAUGCUGGCUCUGAACCGGGCCAAGACGCUCGGGCAGAGACUGAGUUUGAUCGGCAGCAUCAGGAUGGCACACCUUUCUCCAGAGCUGCCGGCGGUGGCUGAGUUCUCCACCGCAGAGACCAUGGGCCACAGCGCAGACCGUUUGGCUGCUGCGUUUGGAGUUUCUCGCCUGGAGCAGGACGACUUCGCUCUGCGUUCACACUCUCUGGCCAAGAAGGCUCAAGAGGAAGGACUCCUGCAGGACGUCAUCGCUUUCAAAGUCCCAGGACGUGAUAUUGUUUCAAAAGACAACGGUAUCCGCCCGUCGUCCAAGGAGCAGAUGGCCAAACUGAAGCCAGCGUUUGUGAAGCCUCACGGCACCGUCACCGCUGCCAACUCCUCCUUCCUGACCGAUGGAGCUUCAGCUGUCCUCAUCAUGUCCGAGGAGAAAGCUUUGGCCAUGGGCUACAAGCCAAAAGCCUAUCUCAGAGACUUUGUGUACGUUUCCCAAGACCCCAAGGAUCAACUGCUGUUAGGGCCAACAUAUGCUACACCUAAAGUUCUGGACCGUGCUGGUUUAACGAUGGACGAUAUCGAUGUGUUUGAGUUCCACGAGGCGUUUGCGGGUCAGAUUAUGGCCAAUCUCAAGGCCAUGGAUUCAGACUGGUUUGCUCAGACUUACAUGGGCAGGAAAGUGAAGGUCGGGACUCCUCCUAUGGAGAAGUUCAACCUGUGGGGCGGCUCCCUGUCUCUGGGACACCCGUUCGGAGCCACCGGCUGCAGACUGGUCACCACCGUGGCUCACCGUCUGCAGAAGGAGGGAGGACAGUACGGGCUGGUGGCCGCGUGUGCCGCUGGAGGACAGGGCCACGGGAUGCUGAUCGAGGCGUACCCCCAGUGA